AUGAACGACGACGUGGGUUACGGUGCUCCUGACACCUUCGGUGGUCCCAUCCACACACCCACGCUGUCGAAGAUUGCCUCGCAUGGUGUGACCUACAACCGUUUCCACACCACGGCCAUCUGCUCCCCCACCAGGGCGUCCUUGAUGACGGGCCGCAACUCGCACCACGUGGGCGCGGGGCAGAUCACCGAGGCGGCGAGCGGCUUCCCGGGCUACACGGGGACCAUCCCCAAGUCCGCCGCCACCAUGGCGAAGGUCUUGUCAGAGUAUGGCUACGACACUGCAGCCUUUGGGAAGUGGCACAACACGCCCAUCGACAACCUCUUUAAAUCGGGGCCUUUUGAUCAAUAUCCCACAGAUUUGGGUUUCCGCUACUUCUAUGGCUUCAUCGCGGGCGAGACCUCCCAGUACGAGCCGCGGCUGUUCGAGAACACCAACCCCAUCGAGCCGCCCAGGACGCCCGAGGAGGGUUACCACCUCACAGAAGAUAUGGCCGAUCAGGCCAUCAAUUUCAUCCGCAGCAACCGCGCGUUGACUCCGGACCGUCCCUUCUUCAUCUAUUUCGCGCCGGGCGGAACUCAUGGGCCCCACCACGUGCACAAGACGCCUGGGCCACGCAAAAAGGGCACCGGUGGAAGGGAAUGGGCCGACAAGUACAAAGGCAAAUUCGACAUGGGUUGGGAGAAGCUCCGCAACAUCACCUACCAGAAACAGAAGGCCAUGGGUUGGAUCCCAACAAGCACGGAACUGCCGCCUAUCGAAGAGUUCAUGCAGAAGUGGGAGGAGAUUCCCGAGAACGAAAAGGCCUUCCAACUUCGUUUGAUGGAGGUCUAUGCGGGAUACCUGGAACAUACCGACACCCAGGACGGCAAAGUCAUCGAGGAGUUAGAACGACAAGGUUUGUUCAACAACACCUUGGUGGUCUACAUCCUGGGCGACAACGGCGCCUCGGCGGAAGGCUUCCACGGCACCAUCGACGAGUUGCUGACGGAGAACUCGCUGCCCAACACGGCGCAGCAGCAGAUCGAGGUGAUGGAUCGAGACUUCGGCGGUUUGGACGCCUUGGGCUCCAAGGUGGUCGAUAACAUGUACCACAGCAGCUGGGCUUGGGCUUUGGACUCACCUUUCAAGAGCACUAAGUUGGUUGCGGCCCACUUUGGUGGCACACGCACGCCCAUGGUCAUGUCCUGGCCAAAGGUCAUCAAACACGACCCGACGCCACGGUCGCAGUUCCACCACGUCAUUGAUGUGGCGCCCACGGUCUAUGAGGCCAUUGGGAUCAAGUUCCCACAGCACGUGGAGGGGGUGCAGCAGAUGCCCUUGGAUGGGGUGUCCAUGGUGUACACUUGGAACAACGCCACUGCUGAGGACCGUAAAAGUGCGCAGUACUUCGAAGUCAUGGGCAGUCGCGGCAUCUACAAAGAUGGCUGGUUCGCAAGCGUCCUAGGCCCACGUAUUCCAUGGGCAGCCACCAACGAGACACGCAUGAAGGAGUGGAACCCCGACACAGACGUUUGGGAACUCUAUGAUCUGAGCAAAGACUUCUCUCAAGCCAAGGACUUGGCAUCUCAGAUGCCUGAGAAGGUCGCCAAGAUGAAGGAGAUCUUCACGAUGGAAGCAACUCAAAACAAGGUGAUGCCCAUUGGUGCUGGCUUAUACACCAUCUACUACCAUCCGGAGGAAGGUCCACACUCACCUUUGACUGAGUGGAACCUCCAUGAGGGCAUGACACGAAUCGCGGAAUCCAAUGCACCUGGCUUUCACAGCAGGCAGAGUUCCCUAUCCACCAUUGAUGUGGACUUACCCGAGCUCGCCAGCGGUGUGGUCUUCUGCGUGGGCGGGACAGCUGCAGGUUUCUCGGUUUAUUUCGACAAGGGCUAUCUCUAUGCCGAGUAUAUGGCCACGCUGUUGUACCGCUACAUUGCCAAGUCCUCCCAGCCAGUGGCCGCCGGAAAACACAAGAUCCAGGUGCGGUUGAUCUAUCCCAAAAGCGAGUCGCUCUACCCACCGGCCGAUUUGACCCUCUUCGUGGACGGAGCCAAUGUGGGAUGGGUCAAGGUGGAGAAAUCCAUCCGCUUAGUCUUCGACGCCUCGGAGACCUUCGACGUGGGGAUGGACCUGGGCGCCCCCGUGUCGUUGAACUACGCUGACCGGGCGCCCUUCAAGUUCAACGGGAAGAUCGAUCUGCUGAAUGUGAAAUACAUCAAUGGUGUUGGGGCAAUGCACGGCGCUGUGUGGGGUGCGUGGCUUCGCGUGGUCCGCAGGCGGCAGUGGAGUGCUGCUCCGGCGUCCCUCCUCGCAGGCCUCAACCGUUUGCAACGGCGAGAUCUGGCGGAAGUGCUGUGGACCAGCUGUGCCGACGUCGAGGACCCCUUGGUCCAGGAGCUGUGCUUCGCGCUGCAGAACUUGCCCUGGACCCGGAACAAGGCGCGUCUCGACCUGCCGUCCUUCGCCCCGCCGGAUCCGCGCGCCGUGACGCUGCUGGCGCACGCGGCGGCGGGACCGAAGGGCGAGACUGGUGAGGAGGCCGAGGGCUGCAGCUUCUGCAUGAGCCUGGUGAAACAAGAGACCAAGUUGGAACAGGCGCUGCUGAGCUUGGGCGCAAAGCUCUUCAGCUGGUCUGCAGGUUUGGAGGCGAUUCAGCGGCAGGACUUGACUGCUGUUGUGCUGGACUGCUGUCGCCCGGCGAGUUUCUGCCCGGAGGUCCAGGCCUUCUGCGCUCACCUGGAGCGCCUGCGCUGGACGGAGCUCAGUGAGGAGAUCUCUGUGUCGCCGCAUUUGGCUUGGACUCAGGCACCUUCAGUGCCGCGACCUUCAAGCCGCCCCUCCGUUGGGACGUUGAAGCGGGCACUGCAACAGGACGUCUAUCUGGAAGAACAGAAAGCGCUAACUCAGCUUCGGAAGCUGCUGUCUUCGGGACAUGAGGAUGAAGGUCUGAAAGACCUCGAGAAGUUGUUGUCUGACAACCUCAGGGAAACAGAGAAGAGCCUAGAGGAUCCAGGGCAAGGUGAUCCGGAUCCGGAUCCGAAGGAUCCGAAGGAUCCGACUCCACGUUGGAAGCCGAGUCUCGAGAAAUGGCUUCUCCCAGCUGAGGAUCCGUCGGCAGCCGUGGCCGAAGUGGCCGAAGCCCUGGAGCUGCGCAGGCGUAAUGCGGUACCCGGCUGGUGCUACCCGGUGAGGUCGUCGGAAGCGGCGACCAGUCAGGAGCAGGUCGCCAUCAGUGGCACCAGGAUGUCGACCAGGACAUCGACAGAGACCGGGCCCCAGGAGGCGGUUGACGAGAAGCCUCCAGCGGACGAACCAACCACAGGCUCCGCAGAGGAGCCUCUGGCGGCUCCGAGUGAGACCUGCAAAGCAGCACAGGAGCAGGAUGGGAGCUCCAAUGUCCAAGAGGCAAUGGUAGAAGAGGUUUGGGGCAGCCCAGCGGUGCACUCGCGAGGAAACUCCGUGCAGAGCGAUGCACUGGGAACAAAGGUGCCCCGCGUCACGCGCGCGGCACCGGUGAAGGAGGUGAAGCCUCCCCGACGAAGCCAGGCGUCCAAGUCUUCCAGCAAAGCCGAGUCUCCUAGCCGCAGCCGCAGGUUGCGACUGGGUCAACGUGUGGACGCACAUGUGGAGGCGGCCAUGCAACGGGCCAAGGAGCAAUGGCGCCAGCAGCAGAUUGACGAAGAAGAACGACGGAAGCUGUCCUUCAUCCUCCGCCUCCAAGCGGCCUUGCGCGGCCGUGCCGCGCGCCGCCGCGUGGCAGAACACCGGAGAAGGUGCCUGGAAGCGGCGCCCGUGCUGCAGGUACUAUUGAGGAGUAAGAUGGCUCAACUGAAACUGCAAGGUGAGAAGAAAGCGUCUCUGAAGAUCCAAGCGUCGCGCCGAGGACAAGUGGAACGAAAAGAAGUGGAGAAGAAAAAGCAGGAGAUGAAUGCGGCUGCAACGAAGGUCCAAGCGAAUUUCCGCGGGAACAAGGACCGCGAGAAGGUUCGAAAGGAGAAGAGGGCAAGAGAAGAGGCGGCCACGAAGAUUCAAUCAAUCAAGCGUGGCAAAGAUGCACGCAAACAAGCAGACGUUGAGAAGCAAGAAAAGCUGAAAGCAAUCACCAAGAUGCAAGCCGUUUACAGAGGCAAAGUUGCCCGCAAGGACGUGAAACAGAUGAGAGAGCAACAAGAAGAGGCGGCCACAAAGAUCCAAGCAAUCAAACGUGGCAAAGAUGCGCGCAAACAAGCGGACCUUGAAAAGCAAGAGAAGCUGAAAGCAAUCACCAAGAUGCAAGCCGUUUACAGAGGCAAAGUUACCCGCAAGGACGUGAAAGAGAUGAGAGAGCAACAAGAAGAGGCGGCCACAAAGAUUCAAGCAAUCAAACGUGGCAAAGAUGCGCGCAAACAAGCGGACCUUGAAAAGCAAGAAAAGCUGAAAGCAAUCACCAAGAUGCAAGCCGUUUACAGAGGCAAAGUUACCCGCAAGGAAGUGAAAGAGAUGAAGGAGCAACAAGAAGAGGCGGCCACAAAGAUUCAAGCAAUCAAACGUGGCAAAGAUGCACGCAAACAAGCGGACCUUGAAAAGCAAGAAAAGCUGAAAGCAAUCACCAAGAUGCAAGCCGUUUACAGAGGCAAAGUUGCCCGCAAGGAAGUGAAAGAGAUGAAGGAGCAACAAGAAGAGGCGGCCACAAAGAUUCAAGCAAUCAAACGUGGCAAAGAUGCGCGCAAACAAGCGGACCUUGAAAAGCAAGAAAAGCUGAAAGCAAUCACCAAGAUGCAAGCCGUUUACAGAGGCAAAGUUGCCCGCAAGGACGUGAAAGAGAUGAGAGAGCAACAAGAAGAGGCGGCCACAAAGAUUCAAGCAAUCAAACGUGGCAAAGAUGCUCGCAAGCAAGCGGACCUUGAAAAGCAAGAAAAGCUGAAAGCAAUUACAAAGGUGCAAGCCGUUUACAGAGGCAAAGUUACCCGCAAGGAAGUGAAAGAGAUGAGAGAGCAACAAGAAGAGGCGGCCACAAAGAUUCAAGCAAUCAAACGUGGCAAAGAUGCACGCAAACAAGCGGACCUUGAAAAGCAAGAAAAGCUGAAAGCAAUCACCAAGAUGCAAGCCGUUUACAGAGGCAAAGUUACCCGCAAGGAAGUGAAAGAGAUGAGAGAGCAACAAGAAGAGGCGGCCACAAAGAUUCAAGCAAUCAAACGUGGCAAAGAUGCUCGCAAGCAAGCGGACCUUGAAAAGCAAGAAAAGCUGAAAGCAAUUACAAAGGUUCAAGCCGUUUACAGAGGCAAAGUUGCCCGCAAGGAAGUGAAAGAGAUGAAGGAGCAACAAGAAGAGGCGGCCACAAAGAUUCAAGCAAUCAAACGUGGCAAAGAUGCACGCAAACAAGCGGACCUUGAAAAGCAAGAAAAGCUGAAAGCAAUCACCAAGAUGCAAGCCGUUUACAGAGGCAAAGUUGCCCGCAAGGAAGUGAAAGAGAUGAGAGAGAAACAAGAUGGAGCAGCAAAAGUGAUUGCCGAUGGGGUCCAGCAAAGUCUUGUAGUUCAUGAACAGCAGGAGCAGGAAGAGGUCGCAAAGAAAAGAGAAGAGACCGAAGACUUGCAGAAGAAACUGCAGGAAGCCUCUGCAAUGCAGGCAGAAAUGGAGCAGCAGAAGCAGAAGAACGAAGAAUUGCAGAAGAAACUGCAAGAAACUGCUGCGCUGCAGGACCCAUGGGACACAUGUGCAGAAGAGGUCGCAAAGAAAAGAGAAGAGACCGAAGACUUGCAGAAGAAACUGCAGGAAGCCUCUGCAAUGCAGGCAGAAAUGGAGCAGCAGAAGCAGAAGAACGAAGAAUUGCAGAAGAAGCUGCAAGAAACUGCUGCACUGCAGGACCCAUGGGACACAUGUGCAGUGUCAUGUGCAGGGGUCUCUUUGAAUGUCCCACUUGUCAGCCGCUUUCUUCGGAUGCGUAUCUUGAGACACGAUGUCUCCUUUUUGCAAGAAUAG